AUGGCAACGCCGUCCAUCGCCUUCGAAACGCUGCCCGACGAGCUCCUCCUGGCGGUGCUCUCCCACCUCGCUCCCAUCGGCCUGUGCGCCGUCCGGGUGUGCGACAGCCGGCUCGUGGCGCUCGCGACCGACUCGAGCCUGUGGGAGACUUGCCACCGCCGACGCUGGGCGCGGCCGCCCCUCCCGCAGCAGCCGGCCGCGGGCUGGUUCGCGGACUUUGCGCGGCGCAGCUUGCAGGACGCCCGCGUCUUGCCGCUGCUGCGCGAGCUGCGCGAAGCCUCUCGCCGCGACUCGCCGGCUGCGCGGGACCGGAUCUGGAGGGAGCUGAUGGCGCCGGGCGUCGAGCUGUUUGACGUCGCGUGCUCGCUCACGUCGGACGGCGAGGAGGUCUCGCUGCACGAGGAGGCCGAGACGCUGCUGCGCGGCCUCAACCAGAACUCGGUCCGGAUCGAGUUUGAGGCGCUGCUCCUCCGAGCCAGGCAGUGCGAGGCGGGGCUCGGGGAGGACCGCAACAUCGCGGAGCUCCUGGAGGAGCGGGGCG